AUGGCUCCCAACUCCCGUAGCAAUUCUCGCCCGCCCUUAACAAGCCGCAUACGAGCUUCUUUUGAAGGCAAGCGCAUCAAGCCCGAAGUCACCAGUCCCGUACACACCAAUGGGAAUGGAUAUUAUCCUCCGCUGGAUCCCGAGGCGCUCCAAACUGCCGUCGAUCAAGCUAUCAAUGGCGAGACCUUCCAGCUUGCCAUUGCGGCGAACCUAGCCCGAUUGAUAAAACCUUCAAUCCGGGAUGCGCUGGAUACCCUACAACCAGUGGUGGAAGCAGUGUACUCGCACGAGGUUCUCCUGCGGAAAACGAAUAGGAGUGUGGAGGAUAUCCUGAUCCGUCUCGACACUGGGGAGAAAUUGGGCCGUGGAGGUGCAGAGACGCCUACGCCGACGAGCCCAGGAACACCCACAUCGCCCCGGCGGCGGAACUCGAGCGAGUCGUCGAAUCCCCAGGACAUCGAGCAAUUCAAGCAAUCACUAGAGAAGAACAACAAGCGCACCGUUGCGACGCUCGCCGAGCUGUCGAGCGCUGUCAAUGCGAAUAACAAGAAGAUCAACGAGGUGGUAACGAGCAUUUCGGACAUACAAGCUACAUUGGUGCCAACAAGAGCAAGUGUCGAUUCUUUGCAGGCCUUCGUCGACCAGUCGCCUACCACAACAGCUGUUCUGCAAGCACAAUUGGAUCAGUUGAAGGAGGAUAUCGGCCUGGUUAUUGAUACUAUAGGCUCAAACCUUGGCCAGAACGUCAAGGACAUCAACCAGAAAGUCGGGGAACAUGCUUCUCUCUUCGCCUCCCACGCCGCCCAGCUCGAUGCGAUCUCGACAGACCUCGUAGCAUUAAAAGGCCAACCGGGCGUGCUCGAGACUAUACAGGCAAUCUCAGGAGACCUUGAAACAAUAAAAGGAAAGGUCGAGGAUAGCAUAAUCUCGAACCAUGAGAGCUUUGGUGCAUUGGAAUCACAAGUUGGAACUGUUUUAAAUGCAGUAGAAACGCACAGCGGGACUUUGACUGAAAUUAAGGAUGCCAACGCACAUCCUGAGAUUCUGGCCGCUGUCCAAAAAUCCAACGACUCGCAUGCCUCUCAUUCCACAUUAUUGAGCGAGAUCAAAGACAGGUCUCUGAGCUCCGAUUCUGAACGGGCUCUCCCGGUCUCGGGUAGUGAUCCCGAGUUCACCACAUUAUUACAGGCGUUGAAGGAGGAUCUUCUCGUCAUAAAAGAGAAUGUUGAAUCAGGAUUAUCCUCCAAUAGCGACAGCUUGACCGGCAUAAGCUCCAAACUAGACAAUGUCUUUACUACUGUCGAGGAGCAUAAAUCGGCGAACCAAAGUGCAGACAUAUUAACAGCUGUUCAAAAGUCGAACGAUUCCCAUACAUCCCAUGCCGAAGCAUUGGAAGGAAUUAAAUCUCUCGGAGCUGCUGCUCCAACUGCUGAUUACAACGGCAAUUUUGCUGCAUUAGAAGCGCAGUUAGCAUCUCUGCAGACCAGCCUUCAAUCUCACGCUGGCACCCUAGACGAUAUCAAGACAGCCAAUAUUUCUACUAGCAGAGAAAUCGCUCCUGUUUCAGAGGAUAACAGCACGGCAUCAUUGCAAGCAGAAAUCGCUACCAUCGUCAACACUCUCCAAUCCCACACGGCCGUCCUCGCUGAAAUCAAAGAAGACGUCAGCGCCGAAAUCUUGAGCACCCUCCACGAUAUAGCCCAGUCACAAGCUAGUAGCGGAUCACUCCUCACAGAAAUUAAGGAGGCAGACGUCAGCGCUGAGAUUCUAACUGCUUUGCAUUCGUCGAAUGAUUCUCACACUACUCAUACAGCCGCUUUAGAGCAGUUGCAUGCCGCUGUGCAAGCCUCCAAUGAUUCGCAUGCCGCUCAUGGUACCGCAUUUGAUGAACUUAAAUCUACUAGGUCUAUUGACUCGGCUGUUCCUGCUGAGACUAGCAGUCCAAAUGCUUUAGAGGCGAAUAUUAGCGCCCUUGCUGCGACGUUGGAAGAGACUAAGGCGACAUUGGCUGAAAUCAAACAAGCCGCGAAUGCAUCGAAUGAGUCUCAUGUCGCGCAUACUGCUUCCUUGGAGGAGCUUAAGUCAGCCAGGUCUGUCGAGGAAAGCCCUUCCCAAAACGUUAACCUGGAUGCAUUGGAGUCCCAGAUCGGGACGAUUGCUGCCACGUUGGACGAGCAUAAGACCACCCUUUCCGCCAUCCAUGAAGCAGCAAAGGCCUCGAACGAGUCCCAUGCUGCUCAUACCGCUGUGCUCGUGGAAAUUAAAGAAGCUGCUGGAUCACUAACCGAGUCCCACGCUUUACAUCACACUGCCUUGGGUGAGAUCAAAGAUGCUACAACUGCAUCCAAUGAAUCCCAUGCAGCUCAUACAGCAACACUCGCUGAGAUCAAAUCUACCCCGCAACCAGAGACGUCUACUCGCGAUGACCCUGCCAGCGCUGAUGUUCCCGCCUUAGAAGCUCAUUUCAAUACCAUCAUCAGCAGUCUCGAAGCGCAGAAUUCCACAUUGAGUGACAUCAAGGAGGCAACAACAAAUCCAGAAUUAUUGGCUGCAACGAAAGAAACGCAUGGACUCGUCACCUUAAAUCAUGAGCUUCUAACCUCUCACACCCCUCUUCUAGAGUCUAUUCAAGCGGGGAUAUCUCACGAAGAUAUUUCGUCCAACAUCUCCGAACUAAAAUCGAUCGUCGAGCAAUCAAAAGCAGGCGUCGAUGAUCACAGCACGCUAGUAAAAGAUCUCCACACCGAUACGAAGAACUCGCAUUCAGAGCUCACUCUAGCCAUUGGCGCCCUGGCCCUUGGUGGUGCAGCCGGAGCUGGUGCUGCGGCACUCACUUCCCAGAGCGAUGAUAGUUCCUCAUCCGAGAUCCUCUCGGAGGUGAAGGCUGUCCGAGCCCUCGUGGAGACCUCAUCCGCAUCCAUUGAUACUACUAAAGAGACUGUUACGUCCAUCGCCUCACAAAUUGAUAUUAAUCACACAACCGUUACCACAACCAUCUCUACGCUCAGCGAUGAGCUGAAAGCGGAAAUUGAUGCCACGGGCACGCAAGUGGCCGACUCAGUCACUGGGCUAAGUGGGAUCAUCCAAGCUAUUGAUGUCGACACUCUAAAUGGCGCUGUGCAGGAGUGCAAUAAAGACGUCAAGGAAAUAACAGUAUCGAUCGAAGCCCUAGGUAGCCAAGUACAGACCACAGGAGACAAAGUCGAUGAAUUGGCAGCGGGUGUCCAUCUUAACGAGAAGGGACUCGGCCAAUUAAAGGAACAUACCGUUAUACUUAACAGCGCCGAGCCGAUUUCUGAGGGCGCUUGGCUUAGAAGCACAGCCGCACCAGAAGUAGCGGAGAUCGAGAGAUCGGGUUUUGAGGAAUCGGAUGAGGAUGAUGCUUAUCGUCAUAAUCUUUCGCCUGUGGCCGAAGAGCAAACUCCCCAGCGGGAGGAUACUCCGGUUCUAGAGGACUCCGAAGUUGAGGAGCCUGCUGUCGAGGAGGUUGCUGUCGAAGAGCCUGCUGCCGAGGAGCCUGCUGUUGAGGAGCCUACUGUCGAAGAACCGGCUGUCGAGGAUGUAGCUGCCAUCGAAGAGGACUCGGUGCUAGCAGAGCCUGCCGAAAAGGAGACUGCUGAAGAGAUCGCCGCUGAGGAGCCUCCCGUUGAAGAGCCCGUUGCUGAAGAGGCUGCUGCUAAGGAGCUUGCGACUGAAGAGCCAGCUACUGUAGAAUCUGUUGCUGAAGAUCCCACUGCUGAGGAGCCCAUCUCUAAGGAGCCUGCCGCAGAGGAGUCUGUCGCCAAGGAAGAAGCUGCAGCGGAGGAACCUGUCCUCGAAUCCUCCGAUGUAGCGGAGGAGCCCGCCACUGAAGACGUUGCUGUGGUUAAAGAGCAGGCUGUAGAUGAAGCUGAAGAACCUGUAACCAUGGCAGACAAUGGUGAAGCGGAAGAGCCUAUUGCGACCGAGGAACUUGCUCCAGAGGAGGAGGCUAUCGCCAAGGAGCCGGUCGUAGAAGAGGCAGCUACGGUCGAAGAGCCGGCGACAGAAGCGCAUGAGGAGUCUGCCCAUGCUGACGCGCCAGUGGAGGAUGAGGCUGAGGAGCCUCUCCGUCUCCCUAAGCACGAAGCUACAACAGAAGAUCCUGCUGCAGACGACGAUCCUGCUUCAGAACAGCCCGCUACAAAGGCACCUGCUGUAGAGGAAGAAGAAAGUCCCCUAGCAGACCCCGAACCAGCUGCCGAAAAGCCAUCCGAUUUAGAGGAACUGCCUACUCCAGCGACCCAACCAAGCGCAGAAGCCCUAGAAGCAGAUAAUACAGGAGAUGGCGAAGAGACCGAAUCAGCCUCUACAAGCGCAAUAGCAUCGCCAUCUUCCCCUGCAUUCCCUCCGACUCCAGGCAGUUCUGGUGGCAAGAAGGGAAAGAAGGGCAAGAAGGAGAAGAAGGAGAAGAAGGAAAAGAAAGGGAAGAAGGAGAAGGUGCAGUUUGUUAUGGAUGGGGACGAGCCUGAGGAAUAA